UGCCUUUGUCUUUGAACUAUAUACAAUAUAAGUGUGCACUUGUUUCAACCGUCAUUCUUUUCUUUCCAUUGCACAAAAUCUACACUGUACACAAUCUUUACUGUCGGCAUCAAAACAUCAAUAGUGAUGGCGAGUAAGAGUCGUCGUCUCAGCGGACUGGAGAUCUCACUCACCGUUCUCUUUCUGUUGAUGACCGCAGUUUCAGUGGCGCUGAUCACAGUUCUGGCCCUCAAAUUGGAAUCAGAUAAAAAAGAAGAAGUGACUCCAGAAGAACCAAGCCCAUCAGUAACUCCUCCAGAAAACCCUUAUCUGAUCGGUGUGGGUCGAGCAGACUGUACUGGACCAGUGGCAGAUUUACCUAUGAUGGGUUAUGCCAACACCGACCAGACGGCCAGAGGACUGCACACGCGGCUGUUCAGCAGAGCCUUCAUUGUGGAUGAUGGCAAUAAGAGAGUCGUGUUCGUCACUUCAGACAUCGGCAUGGUCUCUCAGAGGCUCAGACUAGAGGUUUUCCAAGCACUUAAGGAGAAAUACGGAGACCUCUACAGACAGGACAAUGUGGUGUUGAGCGGCACACACACACACUCAGGAGUGGGUGGAUAUUUCCAGUACACACUCUUUAUGAUCACCAGCAAAGGCUACAUCAAGCCUUCUAUACAGGCCAUCGUCAGUGGAAUAGUCAAGAGCAUUGAUAUUGCUCAUAGGAAUUUGAGGCCUGGACGAAUAUUCAUAAAUAAAGGACAAGUAGCAGACAGCAACUUUAACAGAAGCCCACAUUCAUACAUGAACAACCCCGAAGAGGAGAGAAACAGAUAUGAAUUCAACACAGACAAGCAGAUUGUCGUCCUGAAAUUCACAGAUCUGGAUGGAGACGGUAUAGGAUUGCUCAGCUGGUUUGCUGUUCAUCCCGUCAGUAUGAAUUACACCAAUCGCAUGGUGAGCUCGGACAACCUCGGCUACGCUUCCUACAUCUUCGAGCAGGAGAAAAACAUUGGCUUUCUACCCGGCGAGAAGGGUCCUUUUGUGGCUGGAUUUUCCUCCAGUAAUCUUGGAGAUUCGUCUCCUAAUAUUCGCGGCCCGGUCUGUGUGAACACAGGAUUGAAGUGUGACUACAUUAACAGCUCUUGCCCUGUUGGAGGAAAAAAAGCAUGCAUAGCAUUUGGGCCUGGUGAAGAUAUGUUCGAAAGCACCAGAAUCAUAGGAGAGAAUAUGUAUAAAAAAGCAAAGGAGCUGUAUGGCAGUGCAAAGCAGGAGUUACAUGGGCCUGUUUAUGGUGCACAUCAGUGGGUCAACAUGACUGAUGAGACUGUCCAGUUCAACUCCACUCAUACAGGACGGACGUGUAAACCAGCUCUGGGUCACAGUUUUGCUGCUGGUACAACUGAUGGAGGAGGAGAAUUCAACUUUUUACAAGGGGAUACGGAAGGAGACCCUUUAUGGGAUGGCAUAAGAGAUGCUGUUUUGGGACCACCAUCCAAUGAAACCAAGGCUUGCCAUCAGCCUAAACCAAUCCUCUUCAGCACUGGGGAGAUGGAUUCACCUCUUCCAUGGCAUCCAGCCAUUGUAGACGUCCAGAUCAUCACUAUCGGCUCUUUAGCGGUAGUCGCCGUCCCUGGAGAAUUUACUACCAUGUCAGGAAGGAGGAUAAGAGAAGCCGUCAAAAGGGAGCUGGAGGUGAAGGAGCCUUUCACUAAUGCAGAAGUGGUGGUCGCUGGUCUGUGCAACAUCUACACCCACUACAUCACUACAUAUGAAGAGUAUCAGAUCCAGCGAUACGAAGGAGCAUCCACCAUUUUUGGCCCCCACACUCUCUCGGCGUACAUCCAGCGCUACAGAGGCCUGGCCAAAGCCAUAGCUCAUGGCACAAUAGGAGAGCUGCCAAAGGGUCCCGAACCCCCUUUCUUUGAUGAAGACAAACUUUUUAACCAAGUGAAGGACCCGGUGGCAGAUGUAGCACCAGUUGGCACCACCUUUGGAGACGUCUUGCAGGAGGUUAACCCCGUCUAUAAAGUGGGAGAAAUUGCAUCCGUCACGUUUGUUUCUGGAAACCCGAGGCACUCUGGAGAUAUUAGAGAUACGACACUUGUUACAGUGGAGAGGUUUCACAACGACACAGGCUCAUGGGAAAUAAUUCACAACGACGCAUCAUGGGAAACAAGGUUUCACUGGAUUAAAGGACUCGCUGGCAGGAGUCAGGCUAAAGUGGAGUGGCACAUCCCGCAAACAGCUCAAGCAGGAACCUACCAGAUUCAAUACUUCGGACAUUAUAAACAAACCACAGAAAACACCACAGUCAUCACACCAUACGUGGGCACUUCUGCUGCUUUUAAAGUCACCAGAAGUUUUUACUACUUUUGAUCAGUGUAUCACUGAGGAAGAACAUUGGAUGCUGAUAAUGAGGAGCAUUUUUUAAAAUAGGCUUAUUUUGUAAGUCCCUUUGAGUUGAGUUCUACCAUUUUUGAAGGUGACACUUUAUUUUGAUGGUCCAUUUGAGUAUUAGUAGACUGUCAGCUUAAUAUCUGUUGAUAUGCUCCUUUAACAGAAAGUAGAAGAAACUUUGCAAAUACAUACCAACUUACACUAACCCUACCCCCAAUCUAACAGUCUAUUUAUAAUCUAAUGGGAAUUAGUUGGCAUGUAGAUGCAAUGUAACUUAAAUUCAACAAACAGACCAUCAAAUUAAAGUGUGAACUUCAGAAAUCCAUUUAGCCAAUUUCUGGGUCUGGUGGGAGGACUUUUAUCUUAGCUUAGCAUAAAUCAUUGAAUCGGAUUAGACCUCUAACAGCCCACUCAAAAAUGGCACAUUGUUAGUUAAGUUUAAUGCACUAAAUUAAAGUUCCUUGAUUAUUAUGCCAGAAUGGGAGCAUAGUUCCUAUUGACUGUGAAAAUAUCAACUUCUUAUUUUCUAUCAGUCUUAGUCAGUGAUAAGUCAAUGUACUAAGCAAUGUAGUAAAACUUUUAAAAAUAUAAAAUAUAUGAAGCAAACUAUGCUAAAACUUAAAAAAUAGAUUGAAAUUUUGACUGAUUGUUGAUUUGUGGUAGGUACAAGCUUUAAAUAGGAAAAUUAUCAAAAUCUUAGAUGCUAAUGGUCUAAUCCGAUUCAAUGAUUUAUGCUAAGGUAAGCUAAAAGUGCUUCCACCAGACCUGGAUUUAGCUUAGCUAAAUAUGGUAAAUAUGAUUGCAAAAAUGGUAAAACUCAACUGUUUAAUUAAAUAAGUUUAUUUUCCAAAAAAAAAUGUGUUCCUUUAACAAGAUCAAGCUGUAAAUUAUUUAAAACUUUCAUAUGCAAUGUACUUGAAUGCCAAAUCCCCAAACAUUGACCUUUGUAUGAAUUUUUUUGAAAUAUUGAGUAGGUGAAGGUGAAGUAAUUGUUUUGUAAAAUAUGUCUAUAAAGCUACCCCAGUCUUAGUUCCUGUUCUUUCAUGUAGAGACCAACUAUUAUACUUAGCCAUAUGAACAAGCAAAAACACAAUUUUCUUUUCCUUUUCCACUUUGGUCAUCCAAAAUGAUUGAUUAUAUUUGCAUUUCUGGUUCUGCUAACACUUUAAAUGUCUCUUAUGUAAAAACACCUUAGCAUUUUACUGAAAUAUAUGAGCUAGUGAAAAUUGAGCUUGCAUUAUUAGCUCACUAAUGUAAAUUUACAAAACUUUUUUUGUUUUUUUUAUUUAUUUUUAUUAAAUUUUUUUUUUUUGUUAUACUGGAUAACUUUAGUUUGAAAAGAACUUUGAGUUCUUUAGUAUCAGUAAUAGUGAUCUCAUGCAAAAUGUGCUCUGAUAACAGGUUCUUAGUUUACAUUCA